AUGUGUUGGCCUCGUCCAUUAUCUAACGAAUUAAUCAAUUUUCUAAGGCAGGAAUUUCCUGAAAAUUAACAUCCAAAUAAUAUAGUUGUUUCAUCUAAUCCAUAAAACCUUAGGAACAAAUAUCCAACAAACAAAAAGUAUUUGUUAAAAAAAGGAAUAUAUACUAUCGAUUAAUUAGCUAACAAUUAAAAUGCUUUAAUGAUGAUAAUGUCUGAGGUGGAAGUUGAAUAGUUUCACUUAGCCUACAGAUAUAGAAAUAAUUAAAGGUAAGAACCAUUAUCGUAAUUGCCUUAUGAAAAUUCUGGAUACACCUAUAGAUUAGAACUAUAAAAUAGAUUAAUAGAUGGUAGGAAUGUUUUAGUUAUUGGAGAAAAAGGUUCUGGUAAAUCUACUUUGAUAAAUGCAAUCGGGAAUUCUCUUCUUUUGGGUUAUGCAGAUAAGUAUAGAUAUCAUAUAUCUGAUUAUGAUUUUAAUGGAGUUAUAUAAGAGUGUGAUUUAGAUGUAUUAGAUAUAAAAUUUAAAUUUUUGGAAGUACUUGGUUAUGGAUAAGAUCUUAAAUAGAAUCAUGAUAUUAUGUUAUAGACAUAUGAGCAUCUUCAAAAAAAUAAUGUUUCAAUAGAUUGUAUAGUUAUUUGUAGGAGAUUUGGCAAUUAAGCUUUAAACACAAAAGAAAAAUAGAUUUUUUGCCAUUUGGCUGAGGUUUUUGGAUAAGGAUAUAUAAAAAAAUGUUUUUUAGUAAAUACUAAUUAUGAUCUUGGUAAUCAAAAUCAAAUUUAAGAAUUAUUGGCUUAAGGUUUAAAUNGUAUUUGA